AUGGAGGGCUCUCCCAACGGUUUGAAAGCCCCGUUCAAAGACACCAAAAAGUUGACCGUAAGUUGUUUUUGUUUGUUUUUGCUUUUGUUUUUAGUGGAAUUGUUGUUGUUUAUCAACCGGAAUGUGUUUGUUUUACAAAUGAAGUUGUUAGAAAUUGUUUUGCUGAGAAAUUUAUGUUGAAACAUAAAGAAUUAUGUUGUUCAUGAGGUUGAUAGUUAAAUUAAGAUUUUUAUCAAGUUUUGGUUAGAAAAUCUUGGAAAUCAUUAUUUUUAAAUUAAGAAAUACGUAUUUAGUAAGCUUUACUUAAGUUCAUGGUUAAUUUCAUGGUUAAUAAAUAUCAAAAUAUUAAAUUUAUAUUAUAGAAGGUAUUGACAUCUAAAGCAAUUUUUUUAUCGGUUAGUAUCAAUAAAAGUCAUUAAACUUGAUCUUUAGGGAUAAAGACUUAGAAGCGUUUUUGAUUAUAUUGUAAAAUACGCAGAUAGGAACCGUGCGAUAAUAAUUUUCGCAAUAAUAAGGAAGGUGUUAAUGUCUAUGACAAUAUCACUCGGGAUUUUAAUAAAAUCGUUUUGACUUUGGGCUUACCUAGGAACGUAAGAAUUGUUGAAAAUGUGCUAACGAAUUUUUGACACAUGAUAAUUUUUUGACUUUAAAAUGUUUAAAAUUAUAUUCUUCAUAAGGGGUUAUCUAAAACUAUUUUUAUUGGCUGUUUUGAUGAAAUUUGGUUAAAUUUUAUACUAAGUAGUGAGAAUAUGUAAUAUUAAAGGCCUAAUAAAAUUUAUUGGAGGGAUUGAAAAUUUUGGCAUAUAAAAUUUGAAAAAUAUAUUACUCAUGCUUUAAAAUCCAAAAAAUCGAUAAUUUUAUAGAAGCUUUUUGAAUUCAGUGUAUUUAUGGAUAGUUUUGAACUCAAUGCUUUUAGUCACUUCUUCUACAAUAUAAAUCACAUUAAAAGACUAAUUUUGCCUAAAUUUCAGCAAAUCACAUACCACGUAUUUAAUGAAAAGUUUGCGCCAAUAGCAUUGCACCGAGUUUUGCCGGAUUUAAUCACAAUUAAAGGAUCUGAUCUCAUAACGCUUAUAUCUGGUAAAGAAGGUUUGAAUGCUGAUGAUCUACUGUUUUUCGAAUAUUAUAAUGUUAGUGCGGCCAAGAUUGAGGACAUUGACGAAAACAUGUUGGUAAUGGGAGGAAGCGAAGUCUUUUUGGUCUAUGAUUAUACAGGAGUGAGUUAUUUUCUUAUUUAUUUGGUUUAUAGGUGUUAUAGAAGGAUGCAGAUCGAAUUUUGAGGAUUUAGCUUGUCGAAGGAUUUUGUCAUAGAUCUUUUUUUGAAUAUAUUAUUAUAGGUAGCUAAAGCCAUAUUGAUUUUUUGACUUUUAACUCAGUUUUUGUCUUAGAGGUGUUUAAUAUGUUCUUCACAAUAACGUUGUCUAUAUUUCAAACGUUUUCCUUUCAGCUCAUCUUAUCCAGACACGAAGAAUUCACAGAACUUCCAGUAGAACUUCAGAUAUACUCAUUGCCAGCCUUACUGAAAGAAUCACCACAAUGUCAGAUUGUUCUAGAAAAACUAACUGAUGGAAUAGAUCUAUCGGAGCUGGAGAUGAAGGAAAUGUCCAAGUUGUUAGCACAAAAACUCCAGAAUUAUGUGUUCACAAGGCCGGCUAAACGGACAGAACGAUCUGCAUGGUUAAGACACUUGUUUGCUCCAUACCCAAAGUUCGAUUUGGUGAGUUGAUGUUUAUUAUUGUUUUUUGGUUUUUAGGUAACAGAGGAUGAAAAUAUUGAAGUUUGAAGAAGUUUUUGGAGGUAUUAGAGGGAUAGGGUUGAGUUACGUGAUUUUUAGGUAACAUUUGGGAACUUUUUGACCGUUUUUGUUUUUUAGGUAACAUUUUUUUUAAAAAUCAGUGCUUCUUGUUAGUGUAGUGUUCUUUUGCUCGAAUUUCUGUUUUUUCAGCUAUUUUCAAAGCUUUAGGUAACAUUUUUUAAAUUUUUUGAAUGUUCUCAAUUUUUCGGCCAAAAUCUUAAUGAUACUCGUUUGCAGAGGCAGAUCCUCCAACGAACAGGUCCCCACCCUCACAAGUUUGACGCUUUUCUAUUCAACACUUUCUUUAAUGCCAAAACGAAACGUCGGCGAAUGUUUAAGAAGUUCGCGGAGACCGGAGAUUGCAUUUAA